AAAGAGCGAAGUGAAUUGGCUUUCGUGAUCCUACCGUUGUUGGCGCUGUGCAGCUAGCCCACGGAAAAACAAACGUCUUCGACUCGACUGGACUCGAAAGGACCAGUCAACAUUUAAUUUCGGAAGCAUCCAGUCGUUGGACAUCUUUGAUUUCUGGUACAUACUGCAGGCUAAUUACCCAGAACGACUACCCCGGUACACUUCCGACUUGAGUGACUGAGAGGGAUCCCAAGGCAGCACCAUGUCCGACAGUGACGCCAGCGCAUUUUCAGAUGUGGAGAGUGAGGGCAGUUAUCAGGCAAAAAGUGACGUAGAGGAUGAGAGCCCGGUUGCCAGUGAGGCAGAGGAAGCCCCCAGCGAUGAGGGAAGCGAGGUGGGGAGCAUGGCCGCUGGGGGCAACGAAGAAGAGGAGGAGGAGGAAGAGGAAGGGUUGGACCUGACCUUGCCGGAUGACGAGGAAGAAGACGAGAUGUACGACUCGGAGGAGGAUGACACCAUGACCAAGCGCAAGAAGGCUCGCUUCCGGGAGUUCAUCCUGGAUGAGGCCGAUGUGGAUAACGACUAUGAGGAUGACGAGGAAGGCGAUUGGGAGGAGGGGGCCAAGGACCUCAUCGAUAAGACCAGCCGGGUGGAGCAAGACGAGUCUGAGAGGCACGGUGCUAGGAGGCUGCAACAACUUCUCAGCCACCAGAAGGAAGAUGAGAUCGAGGAGUACUACAAGAGGAAGUACGCGGAGACAUCGUCACGGAGUCGCUAUGCCGACGAAGAUGAGCUGCCAGACCAGAUCACGCAGCAGGGACUCUUGCCUGGCGUCAAGGAUCCCAACCUGUGGAUGGUCAGGUGUAAGAUUGGUGAGGAGAAAGCCACAGCCAUGCAGUUGAUGAGAAAAUUCAUCGCUUACCAGUACCAGGACGAGCCCCUUCAGAUCAAGUCAGUGGUGGCCGUGGAGGGCCUGAAGGGUUACAUCUACGUGGAGUCCUUCAAGCAGACCCACGUCAAGCAUGCCAUCCAGGGGGUGGGCAACCUGCGGAUGGGCCAGUGGAACCAGCUGAUGGUGCCCAUCAAGGAGAUGACCGACGUGCUCAAGGUGGUCAAGGAGAUCGUGGCCCUCAAACCCAAGUCCUGGGUCCGGCUCAAGCGAGGUGUCUUCAAGGAUGACCUGGCGCAGGUCGACUACGUGGAGCCGUCCCAGAACCAGGUCACCCUCAAGCUGCUGCCCCGCAUCGACUACACUCGCAUGCGGGGCGUGAUGCGCACCGCCAACCCCGACAAGAGGAAGAAGAAGCGAAGGCCCAUGCAGAAGCUGUUUGACGAGGAGGCCAUCAGAGCAAUCAGUGGUGAGGUUUCCAAGGAUGGUGACUUCUUGAUCUUUGAGGGCAACCGUUACAGCCGCAAGGGAUUCCUCUACAAGACCUUUGCCAUGAGCGCUAUCGUAGCUGAGGGCAUCAAGCCCACCCUCACUGAGCUGGAGCGUUUUGAAGACCGGCCUGAAGGAAUCGACGUACAGCUGGUGGCAGAGACCAAAAGCAGCCAGGAGCAAGCUCACAGCUUCGCCCCCGGUGACAACGUGGAGGUCAUCGAGGGAGAGUUGAUUCACCUGCAGGGGAAGGUCAUCACUGUGGAGGGGAACACCAUAUCGGUCCUGCCUACGCAUGAAGAUCUCAAGGACAUCUUGGAAUUCCCAGCCAGCGAGCUCAGGAAACACUUCAAGAUUGGUGAUCACGUCAAGGUCAUCGCCGGCCGCUACGAGGGCGACACCGGUCUGGUGGUGCGAGUGGAAGAGAAUAUGGCCGUGCUGUUCUCUGAUCUGACCAUGCAUGAGAUGAAAGUGCUGCCCAAGGACAUGCAGCUGUGCCAGGAGAUGAGCUCCGGCGUGGACUCCCUGGGUCAGUUCCAGCUGGGAGAUCUGGUGCAGCUCGAUCUCCAGACAGUGGGUGUCAUUGUGCGGCUGGAGAAGGAGACAUUCCAAGUGCUCAAUAUGAACAACAAGUUGGUCCACGUCAAAGCGGCAGCCAUUACCAGAAAGAAAGAUUCCCGCAACGCCAUCGCAUUGGAUGCUGAACAGAACAACAUACAAGUCAAGGAUAUCGUCAAAGUCAUCGACGGACCACACUCGGGUCGUCAGGGUGAGAUUAAGCAUAUCUAUCGGAGCUUUGCAUUCCUGCACUCUCGCUUGAUGACGGAGAACGGCGGGAUCUUUGUCUGUCGGACAAGACACAUCGUCUUGGCUGGUGGCUCCAGGCAAAUGGAUUCAGGAUUUGGCAUUGGAUACACCCCAAUGUCUCCCAGAAUAUCCAGCCCUGCCCACCCCAGCAGCGGUGGUAUGGGCAACGCACCGAUGGGCAGGGGACGAGGCCGAAUUGGUCGAGACAUGGAGAUGAUUGGUCAGACAGUCCGGAUAUCACAGGGACCAUACAAAGGUCACAUCGGUAUUGUGAAGGACGCUACGGAAUCCACAGCCAGGGUGGAGCUACAUGCCAUGUUCAGAACAAUCAGCGUUGACAAAAACAGAUUGAACAGAGUUGGUGGGCAGAUCAGAACUGGCGCAACGACGGCUUAUGGUCGCACACCCAUGUAUGGUUCCCAGACUCCCAUGUACGGCUCUGGAUCCAAGACACCAGUCUAUGGCUCGCAGACACCUCUCCAUGAUGGAAGUAGAACGCCCCACUACGGCUCACAGACCCCGUUGCAUGAUGGGAGUCAGACGCCAGGAAGAUCUGGAGCCUGGGACCCCAACAUCACCAACACGCCCAGCAGGUCCAGUGAUUACGACUUCAGCUAUGACGAGGCGUCCCCCUCCCCUCAGCCGUACGGUGCCACACCCAACCCUGCCACCCCUGGUUAUGGAUCGGAGACCCCGCCCAGCAAUGGCCCUUACACCCCGGCCACUCCCGGUAGCUCGUCUGGGAUGUACGGCAGCGAAUCCACCUACUCGCCCUAUCAGCCAACUCCAUCUCCUGGCAACUACCAACCUACUCCCAGCCCCUCCUCUGCCUCCUUCCAGCAAGCCCCUAGCCCUGGCAGCUACCAGCCCACCCCGUCUCCCUCUAGCUACCAGCCCACGCCUUCCCCAGGAGGCAGCUACCAGGCCACCCCCAGCCCCGUGGGCUUCCCCAUGACACCCGGAGCCCCCUCCCCACUGGGCUUCAACCCCCAGACCCCCGGCGGAGGGAUGAUGGGCCUGGAGGGGGGGACCGCCUACGAGUGGCAGACCACGGACAUCGAGGUGACCAUCGUGUCGCACGAGGAUCAGGCCUUGGUCAAAAAGACGGGGGUCAUCCGCAGCAUCUCGGGAAGGAUGUGUUCUGUCUACCUGCCUGACGAGGAGCGUGUGGUCAACGUUGAGAGCGUCCACCUCGAGCCAGUCACUCCAGCAAAGAUGGACAGAGUAAAAGUCAUCGACGGUGACGAUCGUGACCAGACCGGCGUACUGAUCAGCAUCGACAAUGACGAUGGCAUCGUCAAGAUGGACGGACCAUCCGACUUCAAGAUCCUCAACCUUCGAGUACUGGCCAAGCUGCACAAAGACUAAAAGUAAUAUUUUGACCAUGGAUGAGUACAUUUCAUAAUAGUGCGCCACCAAGAGUUUGCAAUGCGUUGGCUAAUC